AAUAAAACAAGGUGGAGAUUAAGAAAAUCUCUAUUUUCACAGGCAAACUAAAAUAUUUACACCUACAUCUAAAUGACCUUCUUCCCCAUUGAAUAAUUGUCCGAUCUCUGUGAAAUCUUCACCAAAUUCUGAUCUAUAAACCCACCCACUCCCCGUCCUUUUCUCUAGCUUGUCACAUGCUAUCUUCUUCCCCUAGAUCUUCAGAUCGAAAUCAGUCGAAUCAUUGAAAACCGGGUUCACUCGUAACGGUAAAGGUUUCGGCGAAUUCAUUCUCAGUUCAUAACAGACGACGCCGUUUCCUUGCUGCCGGCGUCGACGUCCUUCAAUUCCAUUAACAUCUCAGCUGGUGAUUGUGGGACUUAGUUGAAUUGCAAUUUGUGUAGGUGGGAAAUUUGGGAAUAAUCAAUGGCGGCUCCAGGGGGACCUAGAACAGGGAAUAGACCACCACCCAACUAUAACCCUAAUGCACUUGCUGAUGGUAUGCAAAAUCUACAACUAAAUAGACCUAACCAGUCACCUAGUGCUCCGAGGCCUAAUAACCCAUUUGGGCAGCAGCCACCUAGUGCUCCUAGGCCUAAUAAUACACCAUUUGGGCAGCAGCAGCCACCUUUUGCUGGUGGACCAGCCAUUAGUCGUCCAGGACCUCCACCACCUGGUGUGUUUCCGAGAGGUCCUAGUGGCGGUCCUCCACACACUGGAUUGCCUCCUAAUGUAGCUUCUAGACCAACUGGCCCUCCUCAUGUGGCUCAAUCUGCUCCUCCCUUUGCAUCUCGGCCACCUCCUCCUGGUGCAAUGCCUCCUUCUAUUGGUGGUACAGCCCCGCCGUCUGCAUUGGGUCCUCGUCCAGGGCCUCCGGGUCCUUUUGCUUCUUCGCCAUUGACAACAGGUUUAGCUGUGCCGCCACCAUCAAGCAUUUCUAGUUCGGUUAGUAAUGGGCCACCUGCAGGUGGGCCGGGAAUGAUGCAGGGUGGAGGACGUUUUCCUCCUCCAAGCAAUACAAUGAGGCCACCAUUUGGAGCUUCUCCACCAGCUAUGGUUUCA